AUUCGAAAAAAAUCGUGGUGCCAUUUUGGCCAAGCAGCGUGUACGGGGCUGAAAUGUUUUGUUUUGUCUGCUGUCCCUUUUUUGAUGUUGUUGUUCUUCGAACGAAUUUGAGCAGUGUCUAACUACACGUAGCAGUCAAGAUCCAUGUGUUUCCCUGGGACGCGUGCUGUUCGUAUAUGUGUGUAAUUGUUUAUGAUGGCUCCAGGCACGAGUUUUGAGAAGAAUGUGUUUUCUUAUGUCGACAGCGAGGUCGAAUCGCUUACACAAGAUAUCACGCAAUUUCUCAAGCCCUGGUCGCACACAGACACCGCUAGCGUCAAAAGAAAAAAUGACAAGUCUGUAGACAAAUUUCGCCAAUUGUCGAAGUCGCUUUAUGACGGAUUGAAACGAGAUGAACGGUGUCUGGAUUUUCAGAGCGCAGAAGAUCUUGAUCAGCUGAUCGUUGAAGAAUUCGACGAUGAACAAAUCUGGCAAGAGUUAGAACUGCGAAACGAACCUCUUUUCAAUGUCGCAUUGGCAGCGGUUGCCCGGCUGAGAGCCAAGACAGAUCUUGACUUUGGAAUUGAGCUUGAAAAAGAAAGUGCGAAUGGCGAUGAAGAGCUCCACGACGAAGAGGUGAAAAUGGGAAGCGAGGAUGAAGACCUUGAUAAAGAUGAAGAGCUCGGCUUGGAGGCACAAGCUGCACAUGGGAACAAAAAAUCUAAGGAAGGUUCUGUCUUCUCGCCAGCUCCACGCCGAAAAGCUUUGCACAAAACGGCCGUCGAUGAUAAUUUCUUUAGCUUGGGAGCGCUCGAGGAGUUCCUCAAUAGUGAAGAUCAACGGGAACAGCGUAAAAUGAAUAAAAAAAGACAAAGCGAACCUGAGUUAGAAAAAAGCGAAAGCGAAGACGAUGAAUGGGUAGAUUAUUAUGGAAACUUUACAAGCGAUGAUGAGGGGUGCGAGGCCAAAUACGAAGAUUUCUUUGACCCCAUCGUGAAUCUUAGGGAACUGGAAAAUCAGGAAAAAGAAAAGGACAACGAUGAUCCGGCUUCCUGUAAGUUGAAAGCAUCUGAGGGUCGGAAGUCCGUCCGAUUUAUUGACGAGGAAGUUAGUGAAACUGAAGAUGAUGAUAAAAGUGGUGACGAUUAUGAUGGUUAUAGUAAAACAGAAAUGGACGAAAAAGACAAUAACUAUGAUUUACGAGACGCCGAAGACGAAGAUGUUGAAAACAAUGAACUUGAGGGGGCCUUGAAGACAACUCGAGACCUCUUUAAGGAUUCAGAUGAUAACAAGACAGAGGACGAAAACAAGAUGAGCACAUUCGAGAAGAACGAGAAGAAGUUGCGUGAGAGGAUCACUAAGUUAGAGGAAGUCCGCUUGGCCGAAAAAGGGUGGCAAAUGCGUGGUGAAGUGUCGGCCAAAAAUCGACCGGAGAACUCAUUGAUGGAAGAACACCUCGACUUCGAUCACCAAACGCGGCAGGCCCCACAGAUUACGAGGACAUUGACGCAGAAGUUAGAGGACUGGAUUUUGCAACGCAUUAAAGACAAGGCAUGGGAUGACGUUGUUAGGAAGGUGAAACCAACAGAAGAGGUAUUCGAGUUCCGACGCCGUCUAACACUCGAUCAGGAAAAGUCGAAAGUUGGUCUGGCGGAGGUCUACGAGCAAGAGUUCCUCAAGAUGAAGGAAGGCGAAAAGGAAGCCACCAAUCCCGAAUAUGACGAGAUCAAAAAGCUGAUGGGAGCACUGUUCAAACAGCUGGACGCCUUGAGCAAUUAUCACUUCAUGCCUAGACCUGCGCAGGCUGAACUGAAACUUAUCAAUAACCUGCCAACCAUCGCUGUAGAGGAAGUUGCUCCAGCUACUGUUAGCGAUGCUACGAUGCUUGCACCAGAAGAAAUCAGAGAAAAACCAAAGCGUGAGGUAUUGGCAAAGGACGAACGAUCCAAGACAGACAAGAACCGUGAGAGGCGUCUGAAGAAAAUACAUCAGAGGAGAAAACGUUUCUUUGAAGAGGAGAAACAGAAAAAGCGUGCUGAGCGAGAUCUGAAGUUUAGGGAACGUCUUGAACGCAAAACGGCCAGAGAGAACCUGCGAAACAGUACCAACACAAAGGUUCUAAAGACGCCAAAAGAACGUGAUUCAGGGUUGAAAUCUUCGACGAAAUUCUUCCAGCGGCUAGAGGAUCAGCUUAUAAAUCAGGUCGACGCGAAAAAGAAAGCUCAAAAACAGCGCGAGCUGAAGCGAGUACGUGUGGGCAGUUUGAAGCUAUAGGGGAUGUAUGAUGACAAUGAUUAUAACAGGCGGCAUCGCCGAAAAUGGAAUGCCUGGGAAGCUAAGCAGACAUGCUUGGCUUGUUGUAUAACACCUUGUGUAUAAAUACAUCUAAUACAUCUAUCUAUACAUACUUCCAUUAAUGAGGUUGAGAUAAAUUGUUCAAACUUACAUUUUUUUUUUAAUUAAUGGCUGUUGUUAUUGUCGUUUUCAAGGCACAUGCGAGCUUACACUACAUAGAACCAAUACAUACUUAAAAUAGGCUGUUUAAGCAUUAUAUGUUUUGGCACGUGGAUGGGUUAAUGAUACUUAGUUAAGAAUAAUUGCAGCACAUACAUUUAACUAGCGACAAAAGCAUCGUUUCUAAUUUUGUUGUCUGUUUGUUUUUAUGGACGUUUUACUGAAAGUGUUCAUCAUUAAUCGUUUGUAUCGUAAUAUAACAAACGAUACUAUGGCUUUCAACCUUAAAGUGUGACCAUGGUAAUAAGAUGGAUGGAAGCUUAUGUCGAUUUUAAAAAAAGAAUCCAGUUCCCACAAAAAAUUCAGUUUAUAAUUUGUGCAAUGUGUGUUGAAACACACGUAUAGAUUACAUUUAAUAUAGUGAUGUAAAUUUAAAUCUAACUUCGUUGUGUAUAAAAACUAAUUUUCUUUAGCGUUACUUACGUCCAAACAAUUCAGCAAUUUUAAUUGACAGAUUCUUUAACCAUACUGAAUUAAACUAUUUUUACCAUCCUGACUUUUCAGUUUUUAGUCGUUUUGAUAAAGGUAUUGAGUGGAAAUUUGAAUUGGCUUUCGGUCAAGCCUAAAUUAACGUUCCGAGCUCUGCGUUAGUGCUGCCGCAAAGCAUUGCUUCAGACGGCUGGCUCCCAGCACGAAACAAAGUGUAUUUAUGCCCAGUUUCGAAUCUAGAUAACCACUUGUCCUUACAUUUUGUGGACAGUAUUACGAAGGGGGAACUCCGGGCCAAAGGUACGAGAUCUGAUGAAAAAAUAUUUUGAUAGGUCGGUACGCGAGAUUGAUUUUCACAUUACUCAAAUAAUAAUAAGCCUUGGAAACCUCCAAGCGAAUCCUGACAAGCAUAUAUACACAAGAUAGUGGAACGGUGGACAAAGGACGGUGAUCAGAGAACUAAAAAUCCACCAACUAGGCCCAAAACAAUUUGUGAAAUGCAUAUAUAACACGACAAGCCUUUGGAUAAUUGAGGCGGCAAUUGCAAGAGAUAUGUUAGCGGACAAGGGCGAUUCAGCCAUAUCAGGCCACAGAAACAGCUAGCAACUGAAAUACUACGAGAACAAAAUGCUGCUAUACAUUUACGCUUGGCCGGAGAAGAACGUAUAAGACCUCGCUCGGGCCUUAUCACGUCCGGUGAGGAGGAGAACCCGACAAAAGGAUGGACUGGAACGCGACUAGUGGAGCAAUAGUAACUCACUACCACUACUGUUCUGCAAGUUUUGGUUCAAAAACUAAGUUCCGAAUAAAGGCCCAAUAGCACGAGAUCCAAGACUUAGUGGAGGAGGGUCUCACAAUACCAGAUAAAUGCCUUAACCUUAAGGCCUGGGCUGCAAAUGCGUUUGCCCUGAAGCACUUUUGAAAAAAGGUUUGUAGACAAUUAUUCUACCACUGCGUCGUUCUACAGGCAGUUCAACCAGGUCUCUCUACGUGUCAAGUUUUACGUCCGGUAUCGACUUUAGGCAUUCUAUCAGAUGAUUAAGUCUAGCAGACAUGCAGAGGCAGAGUUGGCCUUUGCCAGGACAUCUUUCGGAUUUAGUAGUUCAGAAGUAGUGAGUUAGUAGUAAGUUAACAACAUACGUCUGAAGUAAUACUUAAAGGCAAUACCAGACGUAAAACUUGAAAUACUGAGUCAUAAUAACAUACUCAAAAAUUCAUUUUACAUGUCAAGAACUUUCGAUUAUGAAAGUGGUAAUUCUUAUGCAAAUUUUUCAACAUCCUGCUAGUUUUUAGAAUAUAAUUAGAAUCUGAUCCCUGGUAGACAUGUAAGGAUCACACAAAAAAGUCAAAAACGACGUUAGUUCCCGUGUCAGAUAGACACACAGGAAUGCGAUGAACAUUUUUUUCCGUAUAUUCACUUCAAAGUAUACAUUUUGUGCAAAAUAAACGUUUUUUAAAUGUACGUAAAUGAUAAAAAUAACGGAUUUCAAUACCCGAUGCAUAGAUAUUGCCGAUAAGAGUCUAUAUGCCAGAAAAAGCAAGAAUAUAUUCUUGCUUUAUGACUCACUCAAUGUCACCUCACACAAUAGAUCUAAUUAGGCAGGAUAUUGUUUCGAUGUUUUUUUGCUAACCACUUUAACAGCAAGUGUUUUUCCGCAUUUCUCCGUAGUAGUUUGUUAU